AUGACAGCCCCGUCGUCCAUCCAGAUACCCCAGCAGCAACCUCAGUCGCAGCAAACAACACCCACACAGUCUCAGCCAGCUCAACAACCACCUGUCUCCAAGGAAGCUGCUGCCGCCGUUCGCAAGCGCAGGAGACGCGCUCCUGCCGGUGGUGCCACUGAUGAUUGCUUCACCUGCUCUAAGAGAAAUGUCAAAUGUGACAGGAGAAGACCCUACUGCUCGCAGUGUCUCGAGGUUGGCAAUGACUGCUCCGGAUACAAGACGCAGCUCACUUGGGGUGUUGGUGUGGCGAGCCGAGGCAAGCUGCGAGGCCUGUCUCUCCCCAUUGCGAAAGCACCUCCUGUCGCCGGCAGCGUUAAGAAGGCGUCUAUUAGCCGGGCGCGGACCAACUCAACUGCCACGACUACGAGCACAUGGAGCGAUACUGAUGAGGCGUCACGCCGGCUUGACCGCGGCAGUGUCGACCUCUCGCCCGAGCAUAUUGUCGGCUCGGCUCCCACCACUCCCUAUCCCCACGGCUACGACAUGCUCUCCAUGUCCCAUCCCGAAAACACGCCUCCUCUGCCAGCGGGUCACUGGGGCAGCCUGUCCUACUCCAGUAGCGUACCCAACGAGGGUCCCGGCUAUCGAAAGUUGGGGGCUCACCUUGGCCCACUCGCCAUUCCCGAAUCACUCUCCUCGGGUGUCAGUGACGUUGACUACAUGUCGCCUAUGAGCCACUCCUAUCCUCGCGACGACAUCCCGUUCCUCCACAGCCCGAAUGUCAUGUACGACAACUACAGCAGCCACGGCUCUCCCAUCCCCCAGAGCCCUGGCUCAGGCAUCCUCAUGGACCAGAGGGCUGCGCCAACGUCCUGUCCAGGUCUCGUUUACGCCGCUUCUGAGCAGAGUUCAAGUCUCACGUCCCAUAUGGACAACUUUGAGGCUCAGAUGAGCCAGAAGCUGAUGCGUGACUGCGACGGUCUGAACGUCCCUGAGAUGGAUGCCUACGGCACCAGCUGCACCUCCACCGGCUCAAUAUGGCCUUCGCCUCCCCCUGAGGAGAUGUCUCCACGCCAGACCGAGCCUACCUCUGCUCACUGGCCUACGGUGAUGGAGCCGCAGCCGAUCCACGUGAGCUCAGAGCUCAUUGCGAAGAUGCCCUUCUUCAUGGAUUACUACAAGAACACCAUGUGCCAGUCUAUGGUCUUCAUCGACGGUCCCAGCAACCCAUAUAGGGAUCACAUUCUUCAGUUGGCUCAGGCUAGCCAAAGCCUGCAACACGCCAUCUGUGCCCUCUCGGCGUGCAACCUGCGCAUGAAGAGGCGACUCAGCCUGGGACAGGAUACACGCGAGCUGUCUGAGAAGCUGAUGGCUGAAAAGUCCGCGGCCGAUGGCAUGACCGAUGCCCAGCCGGAGGAUCAGUCUCUUUCCGAAGAAUACCAGCACCGCAAUCUGGCAGUGCACCUCCUGAACCAGCAGCUCAAUGACCCUGUCAAGUCCAGCCACGACUCGGUCCUUGCCACAAUUCUCCUGCUGUGUCACUACCGUAUGGUGGAAUCGGGCAUAGCCAAAUUCCACACUCAAUUCGCAGGCGUCAAGAAGAUCCUUGCCAUCCGCCGCAGGUCGCAACAGUACGCGCCGUCGCGCGACUCGGCCUGGAUGGAGGCCAUCUUCACCUACUUUGAUGCCAUCUCGGCCAGCAUCAACGACCGCGAAGCGCAACUCACCGGCUUCUUUGGUGUUGCACCCGACGCUCCUCUCCUGCCGCCAGGCGCCGAGAACCUCGUGGGCUGCGAUCGUGAGCUCUUCAAAACUAUCAGCAAGCUUGGCCGCCUCAACCUCCUCUCGCAACACCGUCCCGUUCAGAAUACCUCGAGCAGCACAUUGCCGCGCAACGUGCCGUCGCGCUCGCAGUCUCCGCUCGGCUCGCCCCUGGGCCAUGCUUACAAGGGUAGCAUCGGCAACCUCCACCAGCAGCAGCUUGGCGACAUGUACGGCCUUGGCGGUGGUCACCGCUUCGAUGGCAACGGCUUUGGCACGACACUCGAUGAUGAAGAGCUUCUCAACUCGGCCGUCUGCUCGUCUGCCUCGUACGACGAGCAGCGCAAUACGUUCUGGUGCGAGUGGAAGGAGGCACGCCUUGCGCUGCAGUCGUGGGAAUUCGACGCCUCCCGCAUCCAGGCCUCGCUGCCCUCGCCGGCGACACCCUCGCAGAUCCGCGACCUUGGCUCCCUCUCCGAGGCGUUCCGCUACGCGGCUCUGCUGUACACGGAGCGUCUUGCGUCGCCCAAUGUGCCGUCGAACCACAGCAACUUCCAGAACCUGGUCUCGCAGGUGGUAUACUACGCAACGUCUCUCGAGGCAGGUUCCUCUGCAGAGAAGUUCCUGCUCUGGCCUCUCUUUGUCGCGGGCAGCGAGUGCGUCAAUGAGCUGCAGCAGAACAUUGUACGCAGCAAGUGCCGAGACAUUAUGACACGAUCGGGCUACAUGAACAAUCUUGCAGCACUCGAUGUGCUCGAGCGCCUGUGGGCUGGUGACUGGAAGGAGGGGCUCGAGGCACGCAGCCCUGGCGCCGCGCGGGUUGAGGCGAUGCGCCGCGGCCCCUUCAACUGGACGCGGUGCAUCGGCGGACCUGGCGUUGAAGUUGAGUGGAUCAUGUUCUGA